GUCAGUUGGUUCUUGGUUGUGACACUGACAGAACAGUAGAUAACCUAAAAGAUAGUCAGUCAAUCACAUCAACUUAUUGAAAAUAAUUAAUAAUGAUUAGUAAUUUGUUUAAAAACACUGUGGCACUAUGUAUGCGAAGUCAAAAUGCUAUCAAAUUUGCAGCAGCACCUCCUCGAGCCAUACACACUACAAGUCCAGCAAAUGACCUAAUGGAAUUUUUCGAUGCUAAGAAAAAUUGGGGAGAAUCCAACAUUAGAGUCGGCAGAUCAUGGAAAACCGAUGAACUAAGAAUCAAAUCGAACACAGAUUUACACAAGCUGUGGUAUGUUUUGUUAAAAGAACGCAACAUGCUCUACACAAUGGAGCAUGAAUGUAAUGACAAAAUGAGACUGUUUCCUAAUCCUGAACGAAUCGACAAAGUUCAAGAAUCCAUGAAUAACAUUGAAACAGUCAUAAGGGAGCGUAAUGUAGCAUACUAUCAACUCGAAACUGGUGAAACUGGAGAGCGGCCUGUAGAAGAUGUUGUGAACCUCUUUGGGUUGCCAGACAAACACAGGAAGUCAGAAUAUUACUUACCUAAACAUAUGAACAAACGUUGGGUGCGACCAUACCUCGAAAAUGGCUUUAUCAACAGUACUGCUGUGAAAAAAUUCUACAGAAUGUACAAAGAGAAAGAGUACAAUAUUGAAAGAAAAGCUCGCAACAGAGACUUCAACCAUGUACAGCAUCUACUGAAGAGAUUCCCCGACAUGGACAUGGAGAAACUAAAAGCAGAAUACCCAAAUGUAGAUAUUGAGAAAGCCAAGCGCUCAAAGAAAGCCAGGGGACAUUUUAUGCCAAAAUACUAAACAAACUGUAGUGUAAUUCUAUUUUUAUUUUCCUUAUUAUUAGGUAAAUAACAUUAAAAAUAAUAGAAACAAAA